AUGAGGACAACAGCAGCCAACAUGCGGGAUCGCACAAACACCAACUUGUCUGUAUCCUCUACAUCCAGCAGGAGCAGUCUGAACGAGAAGGACUACCUGGACUCACUACCACCAUCGCCGACGCUACCUGGCCCCAUUACGAAGGAGAAUAGACCACGACCUCUAUGUCGUCGACAGACAGCAAUGCGGAUACUGCUGGCAGCCUUAUGCGCACUUCUCUUCACCUGGCGAUACAUCCUUGGGUGGCCAGCCGCUUCGUACAUACCAACUUCACCUAUACCCGACCAGGUCGAUGACCAAGAGCCCCAGCUUAUUGCUGGCGACAACCUCCCUGAUGAGCCGGCCGCAUUCAUCGUCACAGACUCGCAUGGCUCAUCAAAGUGGACCAUCUCGAUACCGCACAAUGCCCUAUUUCCUUUGCCUAGCUACCAAUACAAAGACAUAUGUACAGAAGGCACUGGGUUACAACGCACAAUCAGCACAACCAUUAGGCCUCAUGGCAGGCGGCAUUGGUGGCGGGAGCAUUUUCGGACCACCAGCGACCACACAUUCCUGGAUGUCGCCGAUGCUGAGCACGCUGGCGCACUGUCUCCUCCUGGAGACACAUUUGCAGAUACCUGCCAAAGCAGCUUGACCUUCGUACUUGAAUCAGAUGAGGCAAGCUUCGGAAAGUCGCUGCUGCUGCUAUGGAUGAGUUACGGCCUCGCCAGACACGAAGGAAGAGCGUUCUUUCUUGACGACACUCGUUGGGCAUGGGGUUCGUAUACAUCGUACUUCGCAGCGCCACCAAUGCCGAAGUGUUCGCCACCACCAACACACCAAAGAGUACCAUGCCCACGAACCGCCAAACAUCUCGUGGUGUCAGCUGCUACCGCAGGAUGGACGUUUGGGUCCGCGUUUCAGCAAGAGUUUCAGGUGGCGCGGAAGCACGGAUUGGAGGCACAGUCGCGAGUGUACGACCUGGCACGCAGCGGUUUCAAAGCGCUGUUCAAGCUUACAGGAGAAGACUCGCUGUACGCGGCUUCGCGCAUUGCCAAGCUCAAGGACGAUGCCGCCGCUCACGGAGGUUCAAUGGUGGGCAUGCAGAUUCGACGUGGUGACCUACACCCUUUCGAGUAUCAGUAUAGCCGCGAUUAUCUGCCGCUGGAACGGUAUGCACGUGGCGCGAGGUCGCUCUCGCGAACACUGUUGGGCGGAGACGAAGCACUCGACGACUUCUCCUCGAUCGUGGAGUAUGUGAAGUCGCCCUUGAUCUUGAGCUCGGAUGAUCCCGAUAUCAUGGACUCGUCGGAGUUGUUAGAGGCUGCAGCACCUCUCAGUGUCCAGCCCGCGCAGGAACGCAUCCAACUGGCCACAAAGAAGCGACUCGACAAGACCUCUCCGGUGGCACCUCUUCGAGAUGGACCGUAUGUGAAGCACGUGGAGGAGAAUAUCGGCUGGGAGGGUGGAUUCUACAGCGCACUGUUCUACUCAUUGGGUGGCGCCAAGAGGGCAGCAUCGACGGACUACAAAGUCAACAUUCCGGAGCAAACACUAAGAUUGCGACAGCUCGUAGGCCGUGCUUAUCUGCUCGAUCUCACGGUCGUCAGUGAGAGCGAUGGCGUUGUCUGUGCCAUCAGCAGUGCCAGCUGCAGAGCACUUGGCGUCAUGAUGGGCUGGGACGCAAUGACGGGUGGCAGGUGGAUGAAUGUGGACGAUGGGAGGGCGUGGUCGUGGACUGGCCAGCGUUGA